AUGUCGUCAUUCCAGAGGUACUUGCCGUGCUUGAUCUUGUUGUUGCUGCACGGAGGACGAGGAGGUGCGGUGGCCGGGAAGAAGGUGCCGGCAAUCAUCGUGUUCGGCGACUCUUCCGUGGACACCGGCAACAACAAUUUCAUCCCGACCAUCGCGCGGAGCAACUUCUGGCCGUACGGCCGCGACUACGCCAAUGGCCUCCCCACGGGCCGGUUCUCCAAUGGACGCCUCGCUACCGACUUCAUCUCCGAGGCCUUCGGCCUGCCGCCCUCCAUCCCCGCCUACCUCGACGAAAAAUGCACCAUCGACCAGCUCGCCACUGGAGUCUCCUUCGCCUCCGCUGCCACAGGCCUCGACAACGCCACGGCCGGCGUCUUGUCCGUGCUCACGCUGGGUGAGCAGCUCGCCUACUUCAACGAGUACACGGACCGCCUCAAGAUCGCCAAGGGCGAGGCGGCGGCCAAGGAGAUCAUCAGCGAAGCGCUCUACAUCUGGAGCAUCGGCACCAACGACUUCAUCGAGAACUACUACAACUUACCCCAGCGGAGGAUGCAGUACACGGUGGGCGAGUACGAGGCCUACCUGCUGGGACUCGCCGAGGCCGCCAUCCGCCGCGUGCACACGCUCGGCGGCCGCAAGAUGGACUUCACGGGGCUCACGCCCAUGGGCUGCCUCCCCGCCGAGCGGAUCGGCAACCGUGGCGACCCCGGGGAGUGCAACGAGCGGUACAACGCUGUUGCCAGGACCUUCAACGCCAAGCUGCAGAAGCUCGUCGUCAAGCUCAACGAGGAACUGCUGGGACUGCAGCUCGUCUUCGCCGACACGUACCAGAUCCUCGCCAACGUCGUCAAGAAGCCGGCCGACUAUGGAUUUGACAAUGCUGUGCAAGGUUGUUGCGGUACGGGGCUUUUUGAGGCAGGUUACUUUUGCAGCUUCAGCACCUCAACGCUAUGCGAAAAUGCCAACAAGUAUGUGUUCUUUGAUGCAAUCCAUCCCACAGAGAAGAUGUACAGAUUGCUCGCUGAUACAGUCAUCAACACCACGUUGCAUAACAUUGUAAGGUUACUAGGAUGCUGCUUGGAGGUAGAUGUGCCGAUGUUGGUGUAUGAGUACAUUUCCAAUGGUACACUCUUUGAGUUCCUUCAUGUCAAUGAAAGCAGAUCACCAAUCCCAUUGGAUCUUAGAUUGAAGAUUGCUACACAGUCAGCAGAAGCUCUUGCCUACAUUCAUUCAGCAACUUCUCGCACGAUUCUGCAUGGAGAUGUCAAAUCCCUCAAUAUACUCUUGGAUGAAGAAUACAAUGCAAAAGUGUCAGAUUUUGGAGCAUCAGCACUGAAGUCCAUGGACAAAAAUGAUUUCAUUAUGCUUAUCCAAGGAACUCUUGGUUAUAUUGACCCUGAGAGCUUUGUUAGUCACCAUCUAAGUGAUAAAAGUGAUGUAUACAGCUUUGGGGUUGUUCUUUUAGAGUUAAUGACAAGAAAGAAGGCUUUAUACAUUGAUGCCUCUAAUGAGAAGAGAGCACUAUCUCAUACUUUAAUACAGAUGUUCCACCAUAAUGAGCUCCGGGAUAUUUUGGACAAUGAAAUAGUACAUGAUGUAAUAAUGAUAGUACUUCUAGCUGAACUUGUCAUGCACUGCCUGAGCCCGAAAGGAGAUGAGAGGCCAACGAUGAAGAAAGUUGCAGAGCGACUACAAAUGUUAAGAAGGCUCAAGAUGCAGCAGGUGACAAAGACACCUAUUCAAGCACACCAUUAUUAUGAAGGGCAAUCAGUAUAUCUCCCUUCAGAUGAGACGGAAUACCAGAGCAUGGAGACAAUUGAACUGGAAUUGGAGAGGCUGGGUGCUACAUGGAAAUUGGAACCUCAGGACAACGCUAUCGAAGCCCUUCCUGACUUCGCUGCUCAAUCGCUCAUUACAGGCUAA